CUUAUAUGAAUUUAGAUGAUCAAAUGGAAAGAUGUGAUUUGUAAUAUUGCAAAAGGAGAGAUUUUUUACCAUUUAAUUGUACACUUUGUAAUAAGAAAUUUUGCCUUGAACAUAAAGAUCUAAAAGAUCAUGAAUGUCCAUAUUAAUUUACAGAAAAAAAAGCUUUACAAUGCUCUAAAUGCAAAAAUGUUAUUCAAUAUUAAUCAAAUUAAUGUGAAAAUGAUAUUUUAAGAUAACAUGUAUGUGGAUAAAUAAAAAAAGAGGAAUAAAAAUGUAAUUAAUGUAAAGUAAAACUAAAUGAGCUGAAUAAAUUUUAAUGUAAAAAAUGUCAACGUGAAGUUUGUCUUAAACAUAGAAUGUAGGAGGAUCAUAAUUGUAUAAGAAUUAAUUAGACUGGAUGUUGUACUAUUAUGUGA